AUGGGUUCCAAGAGAAAGAGUUUGCACAAACUAAUGGCUGCACGAGGUAAGGGGCAAACCUCGAAGGCGCCCACUAAGAGCCAAACCCACUCUGACCAUCCUCCAGCUCCUCUACAGAUUCUAGCCAAUCUCGACUUGAAGGCUAAUCCCAACCUGAAGAAAAAGAGGCCGGUUGAGUCCCUCGAGGAAAGUGAGGUGGGUCCUCGCCAGGGCGGCAAACAGCAAAAAAUGACUCGGGAGCAACGGGACAAAAGGGCUCCGUUAAUGGAAAGCCAAGAAGAGAUAGAGCGGGCUGAAAUCAUUCAACAAGUAUUUGUGGCUGAGCAGUGGUGCCGCGACAAUCGCAAGUUAGCUUAUGUCGAGGCCCUCUCUCGUGCUGAGGUGGAGAAAGCCCUAGGAGCCCUCAAGCAGGAGCACCACGAGUUAUCUGAGAAUCUCAAGGCAGCUAAGUCAGGCUUCAAGAGUGCUGAGGUUGGCUUGAAGACUGCUGAAAGGCAAGCUGAAGAUCAACGCCAAAAGCUGUACGUGAUUGAGACCAACCUUGCUACUGAAAAGCAAGCUGUGCUGGAUCUCAAGGCAGCAUUGCAGAAAGCCAAGGAAGAGGCCCGACUUGCCAAGGAAGAGGCUCAACUAGUCAGGGAAGCAGCUGAGGCUGAAAAGAAGGCUUCUUAUCAGCUUAGGGCAGAGGAGACUGAAGCUAGGCUUUCCGAGGAGCUACUUGAGGUAUACAGGGAUCCCUGCAGCAUUAAGAGCUUCUUCCCUCCAGAGAUCCAGGAGAUCCCUGCCGAUGCCAUUGGAGCUUCCGAGCAAGCUAUGGUUGUUCCUGAUGCCAUCCCCCUAGUUGAAAUCACUAAGGGUUCUGGUCAGGUAGCCUUCCAAGGCGAGGAUGUGGAAGAAGAGAAAGGCAAAGGCAAGGGUAAGGGAAAGAAAACCUCCUCAAAGGCUAAGGAUCUCACUAAGGAAGCAGUCACCAAGGAUCACGGGGCAGAUCUCCAAGUUAAGGAUGUUCCACCUCCUCAGUCAGAGCAAAAAGAGGAUCCUCCUGCUGAGGCUUAG